GUAACUUCUUAAGCUAUGACGUCUUUCGCUGUUUCUGAAAAGAUGACGUUGAUUAUCAUCCUUUUGUCACUCAUGGUGAAUGUACAGCAGUCUCCCGUCCCACCUAUUUGGCCGUUACUGAGACGUGUUGGAAGGAUUCAUGAUAAUAAAACUGUGUCUCUCACACAUCACACGUUGGUUCUAAAUGUCAGCCACGACAUUGACAAACAGACUGAUGACAUUCACGACUUAAAGCAGACAGAUGCGUCUGACAUACGAAAUGACAUUAAAGCGAAGCGAAAUGACAUAGAGUUACAAAACGGACCCAGUAAAGUUGUCAGAAAUGACGAAACAAAAAUUGAAGUAAAAAGUCAACUCAGAAAAAGAUCUGAAAAGAUAUGCACACUAUCACAGGAAAGAGCCCUGAUACUAAUUAAACGCAUUGAGCACGAGUAUUUUGAACUAGCAGGUCAGGCUGAGAGGGUAACUGGUGAUGAUUCACAGGAGGUUGAGUAUUACCUUUACAAGUAUACAUCUGGUGGAUUUAUCAAAGUGAUUUACAGAAUUGACAAAUGCUAUCAUCGUGUUAAUAAAGUCAGCUAUGAUAAAAUUGACAUUGGAGUUCCUUGCAAGAACCGUGCCUUUGGUAUAGGGGGCAGCGCUUAUCAGGGACCGAUCUUCUUUGGCAGGAAACCAUUUUGUCUGGAGACCACAUUCUCAAAUGAUGGAGAAAGGUGCAUUUUAAGAAACAAAUAUGUAAUAGCUGUGGACGUACAGGGACUUGAAGGCUCAAACGUGUCACCAAGAAAGUGGACCCAGUAGAGUUUAACUGCACCAAACAAUUUCUAAGCCUGGCCAAUCAGGCCGUUUCCCCCGCAUUGGACGCGUUUUUUUACGCCACCCAAACUCAGCACAUGCUAGAAGAGUGGUUCAACUACACCAAGCUACAGAAACCACCCAUCAUUGUGAAAGUACACUACGGCAUCAACGGUCGUAACGGUUAUCAGAGCAAUAUAACGGUGCUGUUUGGCGAUGGUGACGAUGUGUUUACAUCAUACGCCACAUCACCGCAGGUUGUCGCACAUGAAAUAGGACACAUGGUACUCGCUAAGGACACCAAAGUGGGGUCCAGUGUGGCUAAAGAAGGAUUCGCUGAAGCUUUUGGUGACAUGUUAGGUCAGACAUUGUUUUUUUACAUCUUUGGAAUGGUGGAGUGGAUCCGUGGAGCCUGGCUAACGAAGGACGGUUCUGGCAUUAUGUCGCUAGAGAUCCCCCCUAUGCAUUUCGUUGAGGAUCAGAACAGUAAUAAAACUGGGCACUACAACGGUGGAGUUUUUGCACGAGUAUUUUACCGCAUGUCCAAAUUUUGGGGGAUAAGAGCUACGAUGGAGUCACUUAUGUACGCUAAAGACUUGAUGGGAAACAACGUAAUGAACAAAUACGAAC